AUGCCUUCCCACUCACCAAUCUACAAAUCCACCCGCCAUUCUUCUCGAGUCCGGCGAGUAAUCAACCGAGAUUACUCUCCGCCAGCUGCAUGGGGUAGACGAGCGACCUCGAGCCUUCAGGCCUUGGCUAGCACACCACCAGCGGCCACCGUACCCGUCCAGCCACUGCCAAUCGCAGCCCCUGUGGCGAUUGUGGCUCCAGCGGGUUCUUCAACUCCGCGCCGAUCAUUCCGCGCAGCGCCACGCCACAUCAUGCGAGAUUAUUCCCCGCCAGGAGUAGUCGGGAGACGCUCGCGUGUGACUGGUGCCUCCCCAAGACAGCAGAAUAAGGGCCGCAGCGUCUCGCCACAACCGGCAACCGUCGUGAUCCAACCUCCGUUAGUCGCAGCUCCUCCAGCUGCGGGAGCCCACACUCGGCGCCGAUCAUCCCGCGCACCACGCCCAAUCAUGAGAAAUUAUUCCCCCCCAGGAGCAGUCGCGAGACGCCAGCGUGUGGCUGCUGGCGCUCUACGACGCCAGAAUAGAGGCCGCAGCGUUUCGCCACGUACUGCGAGAAGAGCGCUGGCUGCCAGACCACGGGCCUUGAGCGUCGGAGGCCGCCGCCGCGUGACUUUCGCGGCCCAGCUCACCCAAAUCCGUUUGAUCCCUCAUCGCUCUGACGAUGAACACCAAGAUGACCACCAGCAAAUUGUUUGCGGGACACCGAUCCCCAUGGUCCGCCGCCAGGAGACAACGCGCAGUAUCGGUUCGGUUCCGCCGGUUCCAAUCAUCCCAGACGUAUUUGAGAUAAUCGGCAAUUUUUUCAAUAACUUGUUUGGACGGCACUGA